AUGCACGCGUUGCUGGUGUCCUCUUUGUUGCUCUUUGCGUGGACAUGUUUAGCUCGUUCCAACGGAGCGCUACAGAAGGUGGCAGUCAAAGGUCGCCUGCUCUGUGGUACCGCACCGGCCAUAAAUGUUACCUUAAAGCUAGUGGACGAAGACAUUGGCUUUGACGACAAACUCAAUCAAGGAACGACCAACCCUCACGGCGAAUUUUACCUUGAGGGAGAAUCGAACGAGAAGCGAUCGAUCGAUCCGUUGUUGAAAAUUUACCACGAAUGCAUCGACCAUUUCAUUUGCGAACGCGAGUGGAAGCUGGGCAUCCCGAAGGACUACAUCGCGUGGAACAACAGGAACUUAAAGGUUUUCAACAUCGGUACUUUUAAUCUGGAACUCAAGCCUCGUUCUGAAAAACGUGAUUGUGCUUGA